UGUAAACCGUAAUAUCACUGUAAGGUGUCAAUGCAUAAGUUAAAGUUGAAGUUUCCGUGUGCAUAUGCCGCUGAAUGACUGGCGUCCAACAGACAGGCCUAGUGACAGAGGUAAAAAUACAUGUGAACUCUUACAUGAGUAUUUUGGGCUCUUGACUCUGAGUAUCGGUGUCGUUUUCAGUCUGAAGAAGAGUAAGCUAAUGGACAACUUCAUUCUGCAGUUCACUAGAUUAUCUCAUUACGGAUAAAAUAAUGUAGACUGAGAAUUUAUAACCAAAGGGAUGUAAUUGAGAGGACGAUACUAUUUUAACUGUGAAGUCGGCGCCAGAGAAUGACAGUUUGACCUUGUCGUCCUUUAUUGACAUGGAAGCAAGCCUGGGCUCCGGAGGAGAGGGCAGAGAUGGCUGGGUUCGGAUAAUAAUAAGUGUGUGUUAUAAGGGGACUGCAACUACAAAUAGUUAAAAAGAGGCUGUGUUUCGUUGUGACUGAAAGAUGUGGAAUGCGUUUGGAAAUGGAUCGAGCGGGUAUGUGAGCAAGGCGCAAGGCUGGGAGUUUGUCCCGUGCUCGCGUCUGGAGAGGCCCGGUAAGAAGCUCCAGAGUCCCUCCAGGGUUCGGUCUUUCCCGAGCAACCUUCUGCAGCUUCCACCUGGACCUUCUGCUGCUGCUGCAUCCGAUGCGACUGGAGGACAAACUCAGAAUCUGGAGCUACAGAGUCCGCACACGCGCACAAAAAAGAAACUCGAGGAAUUAAAGAAGCGCUACGAUCAAGAGAAGGAGGAGUGGAGAAUGGAGAAGGAAAUGCUUUUGAGACAAGUUGCUGAUAUACAAGGUGGAGAGAACAGGAGGAUAUUGUUGGAUCUGAAGUGUGUUUUAGAGGAGGUGCAGUCGGGGGUGAAGCGUGAGGAGAGUAAACGGGGUGAGCUGGAGCUGCAGUACAUGAAGGAUCGAUGCGCCUGGGAACUGGAGCGAUCAGAGCUGAAAAGUCGCAUUACUCAGUUAGAAGCCCGGGGAUGUAGUUUGGUGGUGGAGACUGUGAGGAGUUCAGAACUAGGGGACACUCUGAAACAGGAGAGAGCAGAACAAAAGAAGCUGCUGGCAGACACUCACAGUGCGGCCAUGGACCUUCGUUGCAGGCUGGAGAACAGUGAGAGGGGCUGGGUGAAGGAGAAAUCUGAGCUGCUGGAACGCUUUGAGGCUGAGAGGAAGGAGUGGGAGAACCAGCUCAUGGACAUGCAGCGGAGGAUUGAGGAGUUGUACAAUGAAGUGAGGGUCCGCCGUAUGGGAAGUUCUCUGAGACCAAUUACUGAUGGACAAAAUGCGCUAAGGCUCAGCUCAUGUUCUGCCAGCACUUUGUCGAGUGCAGUAACCUAUACCUCAGAUGCCCAGAGCAAUGAAUAUUCUGAAGCUUUAACCCAGCAAAGCAAUGCCAGCAUCGACUCCCAACCAAGUCAACUCAGUCACGCCAGUGAAUCCAGCGACCAGUGCAACAGCGAUCAAAGCGAACUAUUAAAUCAGCAAGGUGCUGAUGAACAACAGGUCAUAGACACUGCAGAGCUGGAAGAAAUCCUGGAAAGCUGUUUGAAAAAGAAAAUAGGGAACAAGUCAUGCUUCAUUGGACAAGAUGACCUCCUUAACCCUUUCAAACGAUUUCAGAGCAUGGAAAUAUGUUGUGGAAGUGACAAAAAGAAGAACAAUACUGCCCUUAAUGCGGCACUUAAGGAAAUUGCUCGUGUGAGUGAAGAACUCUGUAGCUACCAGGAUGAAACAAAGAAGUGGCCUGAUAUUAAGAGAAGCCGCAGUGAGUCAACGUUUUUUCUAAGAGAGGGUGAGUUGGUGGAGAGGCUAAAGGACAAUUUGGAAAUGGAAGACACAGUUUUGUACUUGAAAAACAUGAGUGAAGACCUUAAAUCCCUCGAUGAGCAAUACUGGACGAAUUGGGAAGGUUGUAACAUGGAAUCGCAGCAAAGUGAGGCUAAGCCACAAUACAACAUAAGACAACAAGCCCCACCAAUACCGGCCCGUAGUACAUCUUGGUACCUAAGCAGUCCUUCCGUUUCAGAAAUGGAGUCCAGUGGUACAGAGCAAGGGUGUGAACGGCCAGGAACCCACCCAGACAGAAAGUACACCAGCCCCGCAAUUGUACGAAAAUUUGAAGCAAUGCUUCAAGAAAAUGAGGGGAAAAUUCUGAAAGACUAUGGGAAUGUAGCCUGCACCGUGCCUGUUGAUUCCAAGUGCAAUAUCAGCUGCUGCCAGAGCCGCUGGUCCUGCGAUGGAAGUAGAUUUGGCAGCAACAAGUCAUCCAGAUAUGUACCUGUUAAGAGAUGUCUCUCAAACGUGGACAUUGCAGCUUCAGCCUCAGAUCGCAGUCUAAACCAAAUAGAUGAACAAAACAAGGGUUCAUAUCAUCCCAUGAACAUGCCUACAGAUUCUGUUGCAUCGCCAGACUUUAUUUCACCAUAUCCCAGUGCUAUAGCUACUCCCAGAAAUGAGAGACUUGAUCAGAAAACUGCAGAGUUCAACCGUACGCUCUUCCAGGCAGGGAUGGGCGUUCUGUGUGAUGAGGAUAUUUCCAUGAAUGUAUCCACUGAUUGUUUUCACAGUCUACCAGAGGUCAUAUCAAAGGACACGUUUAUAGACAGUCCUUCGAGGCACGUUGAAGACAAUCCGAAGGAUUUGCUCUCGGAUCUUGUGGCACAGUGCCCAAAAGAGGAGGGAAGAAAGAAGGAAACGAAGGACCUUGUCACUAAGUCUUCAUCUCUGCAGCAGGAACUUAGUCUAAAGCAAGACAGUGAAGUUAAGCCUUUAUCGGCUUCACCAAUUUCAGUUGACCAGCUUGUCCCAAGUGUUGGAGAAAAACGCUUUGAACUGAGUGUAAGUCCACCAAAACUGCAAACCCAGUUGGAAAGGUCCAGCAAAGUUCUGGACGUUGGUACAGACCAACAGCAAGCAGACAAAAAACCCAAACAGACAAAAAGGGACACGUGUUGCACCAGGUCUCGGAUUCUAGAUGAAAAUCCAUGGAAGCCCUCUACGCUAGCAGCCUAUCCUCGUCCGAUGGAGUCUAGGUCCAACUAUGGAGCUGUUGAGAGGAUUCUCAAAAAUUACGAGGAUCUGGAGAGAUCUCAGGAGCAGCAUCAGCAGUCACAGCCCAGUCCAAGGAAGAAGGAAGACCUCGUGGACCUCUUGGAAAUGUUGGAUAUGCAACAUGAGCCCAGAUCCAGUCAGAGACUAACACACACACCGCACCACCAGGCCAUAGCCCACAAAGAGACACAUGUAACAGUGCAGCAAUGCAAAGAGUCCUCUGUAACUAUCAAGAAGAGCUUUUCACGACCUGCGUGUCCGGCAAAGAGACGUUUGCCCUCUCGUUGGGCUAGCCGCUUGUCUGUCUCGUCUGCAUCAACUCCCUCACCGCCACCAACAACAACACCACCCACAGUCUUCACCCAGAGACAAAAACUCACCUACUCCACCUUUCACACAGAGACCAUCAUCUAAACGGCCGUUAGAUUAUGUCCAAAGCCUUUAAAGCCGUACAUGUUGCCUGAUUACCUGUGUAAAUACCAACAAUGACUGUCCAGUUUUGUUGUUUACAUUUCUAUAACCAUGAAAUCAAACUGCCUUUUCAUUCUUUUUUUCUCAAAAACAUGUACAUUUCAUUUCUACCAAUGUGACUUCUUGUUUUCUGUUUUCUUAAACCAGUAUUAAUCUGUCGUCAUAUUUUAUAGCUGUGAAUGUAGACCUGUUUUCUGUCAGUGCUUCAUAUGUGGCCUCGUUUGUGUGUGAGGUCUGAUGUCUGAUUGAGAAUAUCUUUUUACCAACUUUACCAAAACCACUGACUUGUGUUAUUACAGAAACUAACGGAUCCUACGCUCCGUUUACCUGCUUAUCUGAUCUGAGACAUAUCAUUUAGACAAUGCCUUCGCAGUCCUUUUUCUUGAUAAUUAAUAUCACAAAUGAAACUGUAUUCAGCAUUUAUAAAAUAAAAUAUUGA